CGGCAGCGCCCAGCGCCGCGUCGUCCGCGCGGCCGGCGGAGCGCAGUGAAAACCAUACAAGUUGGUUUGAAAAAGAAACCUAAAACAAUGCCCAGAAAGAGUAUAGAUUAUGGAGAGCUGCCGGAGUAUGAGAAAAGCCAGAUCAAAAGGACAUUGGAGCUGGGAACUGUUAUGACAGUAUUCAGUAUUAAGAAGAGUAGUCCAGAAAGGAGGACUAUUCAGGUUAUAAUGGAAACCAGGCAGGUAGCCUGGAGCAAGACAGCUGACAAGAUCGAAGGUUUCUUGGAUCUGAUGGAAAUAAAAGAAAUUCGACCAGGAAAGAAUUCAAAGGACUUUGAACGAUGCAAAGCAAAACACAGAGAAGAACACUGCUUCACUAUUUUUUAUGGUACCCAAUUUGUCCUCAAUACCUUAAGUUUAGCAGCUGAUUCUAAAGAUGAUGCUGAUAAAUGGUUGUGUGGCUUGAAUAUCUUGUAUCAAGAGGUCAUGAGAGCUCCAACACCUGCGAUCACGGAGAGCUGGCUGAGAAAGCAGAUCUAUUCUGUUGAUCAGACUAGAAGAAAUAGUAUCAGUCUUAGAGAGCUGAAAGCUAUCCUUCCCCAAGUAAACUUCAAAGUGAGCAGCAUGAAGUUCUUGAAGGAUAAAUUUGUGGAAAUAGGUGCUCACAAGGAAGAGCUUAGUUUUGAACAAUUUCAUUUGUUCUACAAAAAGAUCAUGUUUGAACAACAGAAAUCGAUUCUCGAUGAAUUCAAAAAGGAUUCCUCUGUGUUCAUUCUUGGAAAUACUGACCGUCCAGAUGCUUCAGCAGUUCAUCUCCAUGACUUUCAGAGGUUUCUCCUACAUGAGCAGCAGGAAUCUUGGGCACAAGAUCUGAGUAAAGUCCGAGAACGAAUGACUGAGUUUGUAGAUGACACUAUGAGAGAAACUGCCGAACCCUUCCUCUUUGUUGAUGAAUUCCUCACUUACCUUUUCGCAAAAGAGAACAGUAUUUGGGAUGAGAAAUAUGAUACAAUAGAUGUGCAGGACAUGAAUAAUCCUUUGUCCCACUACUGGAUUUCUUCCUCUCAUAACACAUAUCUGACAGGAGACCAGCUUCGAAGUGAAUCCUCCACUGAAGCUUACGUCAGGUGUCUUAGAAUGGGAUGCCGAUGUAUUGAGUUGGACUGCUGGGAUGGUCCUGAUGGGAAGCCCAUCAUUUACCAUGGAUGGACACGGACAACAAAGAUCAAAUUUGAUGAUGUAGUGCAGGCAAUCAAAGAUCACGCUUUUGUUGCAUCUGAAUACCCAGUCAUUCUGUCAAUUGAAGAGCACUGUAGUGUGGAACAGCAGCGACACAUGGCCAAAGUGUUCAAGGAGGUAUUUGGGGAUCAGCUUUUAAUGAAACCUGUUGAGGCUAGUGCAGAUCAGCUACCGUCACCAACUCAACUGAAAGAAAAAAUCAUCAUCAAGCACAAAAAACUGGGGCCAAAGGGAGACAUUGAUGUCAACCUGGAAGACAAGAAAGAAGAAAAGAAGCAACAAGGAGAACUUUACAUGUGGGAUGCAAUAGAACAGCAAUGGACUCGGCACUACUGUGCUAUUGCUGAUGGAAAGCUUUCAUUCAGUGAUGUCAUAGAACAGAAUGCAGAGGAGGAUCCAUCAAAGGAGGUAAAACGUACUGAACUGCACUUAAAAGAGAAAUGGUUCCAUGGAAAAAUGAAAGAGGGGAGAACAACUGCUGAGAAGCUGCUCCAAGAAUAUUGUGCUGAAAUGGGUGGCAAGGAUGGGACGUUCCUAGUUAGGGAGAGCGAGGCUUUCCCCAAUGAUUGCACCCUGUCAUUCUGGAGAUCAGGUAGAGUCCAGCACUGCCGUAUCCGUUCUUCAAGUGAUGGGGACACUGUGAAAUACUACCUGACAGACAACGUCACUUUUGAUAGCAUCUAUGAUCUCAUUCAACACUACAAGGAGGUCCACUUGAGAUGUGCUGAAUUUGAGCUGCGUCUGACUGACGCUGUGCCCAAUCCCAGCCCUCAUGAAAAUAAAGAUUGGUACUAUAGCAACUUGAGUCGAGGAGAGGCAGAAGACAUGCUGAUGCGAAUUCCUCGAGAUGGAGCCUUUCUGAUUAGAAAGAGAGAUGAGCCUGAUUCAUUUGCCAUGACUUUCAGAGCUGAGGGGAAGGUGAAGCACUUCCGAAUUCAGCAAGAAGGUCGCCAUUUUGUGCUUGGAACAUCAGCCUACUUUGAGAGUUUAGUGGAACUGGUCACAUACUAUGAGAAGCACCCUCUGUACAGGAAAAUGAAACUGCGUUAUCCCGUGACUGAGGAGCUGCUGGAGCGCUACAGCACGGAAAAAGAUAUAAACUCUCUUUAUGAUGUCAAGAUGUACGUGGAACCCAGUGAAAUCACCCCUACAGUGCCUCAGAGAACGGUGAAAGCCUUGUAUGACUACAGAGCCAAACGAAGUGAUGAAUUGAGCUUCUGUCGAGGAGCUCUAAUUCAUAAUGUCACAAAGGAAACUGGAGGCUGGUGGAAGGGGGAUUAUGGAGAAAAAGUCCAACACUAUUUUCCAUCCAAUUACGUUGAAGACCUGUUGUCUGAUAAUUCUGCUGAGCUUGAAAGCCAGAUUAUUGAGGACAAUCCGUUAGGCUCUCUGUGUCACGGCAUAUUGGUUCUAAAUACGUACAAUGUGGUGAAAAUGCCACAAGGGAAACACAAAAAGCCUUUUGUCUUCAUUUUGGAACCUAAGAAUCCAGAAGAUCCAUGCGUUGAAUUUGCAACUGAUAAAGUAGAAGAACUGUUUGAAUGGUACCAAAGCGUCCGUGAAAUCACAUGGAAAACUGCAGAAGAGGAGAACAGGAGGAAAUACUGGGAAAAGAAUCAAUUGAUUGCCAUUGAAUUAUCUGAUCUGGUAAUCUACUGCAAGCCAACAAGCAAAACCAAGGACAAUUUAGAAAAUCCUGAUUUCAAAGAAAUUCGUUCCUUUGUGGAAACCAAGGCAGAAAGUAUUGUUAAGCAAAAGCCAGUUGAGUUGCUGAAAUACAACUUGAAGGGACUGACACGUGUCUAUCCUAAAGGACAAAGGGUUGACUCAUCAAACUAUGACCCAUUUCGCCUCUGGCUUUGUGGCUCUCAGAUGGUGGCUCUUAACUUUCAGACUCCAGAUAAAUACAUGCAAUUGAACCAUGCCUUGUUUUCACUUAAUGGACGCACUGGCUAUGUUCUGCAGCCAGAAAGCAUGAGAAAUGAAGAAUAUGACCCAAUGCCAAAUGAAUCGAAGAGGAAAUUGCAGAUGAUUAUGACAGUGAGGGUUUUAGGUGCUCGUCAUCUCCCAAAGCUUGGUAGAAGCAUUGCGUGUCCCUUUGUAGAGGUAGAAAUAUGUGGGGCUGAGUAUGAUAAUAACAAAUUCAAGACAACAGUUGUGAAUGACAAUGGCCUUAAUCCAGUAUGGGCACCUUGUCCGGAGCAAGUGAAAUUUGAAAUUUAUGAUCCAAAUCUAGCAUUUUUGCGCUUUGUUGUUUAUGAGGAGGAUAUGUUCAGUGACCCCAAUUUCUUAGCACAUGCCACUUUUCCCAUCAAAGGAAUCAAAUCAGGUUUUAGAUCAGUUCCUCUCAAGAAUGGUUACAGUGAAGACAUAGAGCUAGCCUCACUUCUGAUUCACUGUGAAAUGCAGCAAGUUCUGGAAUAUGAAGAAGAGCUUUAUUCUUCGUGUCGGCAACUUCGGAAGCGCCAGGAGGAAGUUAAUAACCAGCUGUUCCUUUAUGAUACCCAUAUGAACUUAAGGAAUCCUAACAGAGAUGCAUUAUUAAGAGAAUUCAAUGUGAAUGAACAUAAACUACAGAUGUGUCAAGAAACAUGUAACCGGAGAUUAAGGGAGAAGAAAGUCAGUAACAGCAAAUUCUACUCUUAAAACAGUCAUUCUUUGAUGCGUGCUUUAUGGAGCAGUUCAGGUAGAGACAUUAAUUUAUCCUGGUCAUUCUAUUCUGUGAAGAUCUCAUCUGCUGAAUGAAUCGAAGAGGAAGAAGAGGAGGGAAGAUGGAUUUUCUUAUUAAUUUCUUGUUAUGAGAAAAACUGUUUCAAUUCCAAAUAAUUUAUAUUCUGUACAAAGUUUGGCCAGUACCUCUGUGCAGGCCAGACUUCCUGUAUAUGAAAGAAUCUGAAGGUGGGUAGUUGCAUAGACUUCACUGCUUAUCAAUACCUGAAGUGCAAGUUUAAAUUGUUCAUGGUGUCUGUGUACACAGGGUGUAGAUAAGACAUUCACAACAAUUUGCAUGCAUGGAAUCACACCACUUUAACAACCUGGCUCCUUAAGAUUAACUGGUAGUGAGUUUUUAAUUUAUUAAAUGCUGUAAAAGCACUUUUGCACCAACAUUUCUUUUUUAAAUGUAUAUUACCUUACCUUAGGCAAUGGAUUGUACUUCUGAUACUGUAUAAAGAAUUUUGGGCAGCUAAUAGCUCAUACUGUAUUGUCUCUUAAUAGUAGUUGUCUGUGCCCUUCCUGAGUAGCAGAUAAUAUGUUACUUUUGUUGAAAUCAAAUAUCCUCUUUGACUUUGGAUGCUUCCUGGUGAAAGGUUUAAGAGAACAGUGUGUGCACUUGUUUUUGUAGCCCCUCUGAACUUGUGUUCCUAAAUUAAGGUAUUGGAGGGAAAGGUUUUAAUGUAAAUGUGUGCUAAGAAAUAUGUGGUGUUUUGUUAUGUUUUUUUUUUUUUUUUUUUCUUUCAGAAAGGCAUUUCAACUCUGAAAAGCACUUACUUUGAUACAGCAUCAUUUUGCAAACCCUUUCAGCUGCUAAUGUGCUUAGAAAUGAUUUUUUUUAAUGAACUGUCCAUUUUUAAUCUUGCAGUCCUACUUAGAUGAUAGCAUCAGAUGAUAGUGUUCUGUAAAUGUAGACUGUUUUACCAAAAUACAUCUAAUCCAAGAAUGAUAGUAUGCACAAAUGUACAUUAGUCUUACAUCUUUAAUCAAGUGAAGAACAUUGAGCUACAGAUGCGAAAACUCAGUAGAUUAGCAAGUGUGCUUUACUGCAGUAGUGAAACGAAAGCCCUUGAAUGGCAUAUUUAAAACCAGUUAUGGUAAUUUGGGUGCAUGUCAGUUCUUUGUGCUAGCACUAUCUUAUUACUCUCAAAUUCCUGGUUCCUUUCUCUCUACAUGGGUGAAGUUUUGCUGUCUAUAUAAAUGAAUUUCUUUCACAGCUGUGCACAGGAGUUAAGUUCUGUCUAAAUGACUGUCUGAAUCAUAAAAUUUUGCAUACAUCAUGCUGUAUUUCUCAUCACAGAAAACAGGCAUGCAUCUGGGAUUCCUGGCCUGAUGAAGAUGCCUCAGCCAUUUUUGGUUUCUCUUGCUCCCUAUUCUGUUGUUUCAAGGUGUGCUUGAUUGAUGCUGUUGUUUAUUCACAUCUGAUGGUUUGAGGAAGUCCACUGAGGUUUUAAUUAUUACAAAAAGAGUUGUGUCUCACUUAUCUUGAGAUGGAAAUGCUAUUAUAGCAUCCCAUAAUUGAUUGUCUUCUUUAGAUAUUUUUAACGAAGGAAUUAAAUACCAAUCAGCCAUCUGAAAAAGAGGAGAGGACAAAGUUAAAGGUAAUUCAAGGGUUUUCUUUUCGUCUUCCUGCCUGAAAUCUCUUCAGUCACCAGUUCCAACUGGUCCAUCCAAGGAUUAGAUGAAUGCAAUUUUUCUUCUUUUUCUUUUUUGUGGGGGGGGGGGGAGGGGAGGGCAUCAACUGUGGAUUUUAGAGGUACAGCAAUAACUUAGCCUGCCAUACAAACCUGGGCUUACCUGCUGAUCCAGUUGCUGUGGGUGGUGAGGACCUUUGGUGCACAUGCAUUUUGUACUGUUUUCCAGGACAUAUUUUAGUGUGUCAUACAAUCAGUCCCUGUGCUAUAUAUUUCAUUCAGCAGCCAGUGUGUGUCGCGUUCCAUGUCCUGAGAACACAGUGUUGUCAGUGAUGGUCAGAUGAGGUGGUCCAAAGUUGUGUCUGGAAGGUUCUGAAGCUGUUUCCACAGGUGGAACAGGAUUUUUAGGCAGCUGAAUAACAGCUGGGCUUGUACUGAUUACAGAAAGUAGGGGACCACAAGAUGCUAACGCUCAGGGAGACCAAAUUCUAGAUCUCUAGGCUGCUGUGGUUUAAUUUUAUUAUUUCUAGCUCAGUUCCAGAGCAGACAUAGCCACAUGGCCCAGGUGAAUCAUUUGGCUCAACUACUUUCCUUAUUCUAUACCUGACCCAGAACAACUAUUGUAUGAUGAACGUAGGAGUUUCUUGCUGCUGUGCAAAUGUUUAAGAGUUCUUCAGAAAGUUGUGUGUAUAUUCUGCAUGCAAACAUCAUAUUUAAAGUUAUAAGAGGUAUUCCUUGGCAUUUAUGAAAAUCCAUUCAGUUUCACAGACAGACUUUUUUUUUCCCCUGAGUAUAUGAACAUGUUACAUUCAGAAGAAAAUUACUGCUUUGGCUGCUUGGUUGACUUGAGUGUUAGGUAAGGCUAUGUACUGUUUCUUGUAUCUUGCAUUGUUUUAACUCCAAAGGCCCAUCUCUCAAUUCUUUGUCAAGGUGGACUCAAGCAACUUCUUCACAGUUGCAGCUGUUUUAAUAUGAAACAAGGUUUGAAUGUGCAUGCUAAUUUUAUAAUCUAGGAGGAAAAUCAUUUAUAAGAAUGUUAUCGGUUGAAUUGUUAUAUUCUUAUGGAAACUAUUUUGAAUUCUUAAAAUAACUUAUUUUAAUAAAAAUGUUUUGAUAGCAGUGAUGUGAAUGAUCCCAGAAGCCUCUUCAUUAAAGCGUGGUUUACUGAAUGUCUUGACUUCAAAUCUCCAGGUGGUGGGCAUGAGUUCUAAUUGAACAGCGGUCUGCUGGAAUGUUACGCUGUGUUGCACCAGAGGUUGGAGGAAGGGCAUUUCUGUAUUCUUUAAGAUGAACUGACUUAAUGAUCGUUUUCAUGAAGUCAUUAUUAUUGCACUUCAUCUGGAUACAAACAAGCACUGCAGAAGGAAAAGGCCAAAGAUCAUGUUUAACAUGCAACUCCUAACUGACCUUUUCCACUAACAGGUAGAUACUUCAGCUGUAGUGAGCAUCAUGUUUGUAUCAACUCAAAAAAUGAAGUCUGAAGAAGGCAGAGCUGGAAUUUGUAGUCAUUUGGAACCGUCAUUCACAGUAAAUUUGUAUUAACACACUUUCUGCUAAUGAGGGUGUCUUAAUGGCAUGGGCAUAAGUGUUUCUGGGUGAAGGCAUGAUGUCUUUGUAUUGUGAUUUUUUGUUUUGCUGAGAUUCUUGGGAAUCAAAUUUUUCUCAGUCUUCUAAUAAAAACUGUGUAUAUGUUGA